UGCUUCCAGAACCUUCCACGAACAGCCAGCGGAGUUUACUCAACCCCGAACGCUUCUUGGUCGUUUUUUGCAAAUCGCCCACUGGUCUAUACUAAACCGAAGUAGACAUGGCUAUGUUCAAGCUCCAAGGCAUUCCGAAGGAUUAUUUCCAAUAUAUGCUCAACAUCAUGCACAAGGAGGGACACCACUAUUUCUAUCACGACAACGCGCAAUAUAAAGACGAGAAGGUGGUGACUGGGCCAGACCAGUUGUUCGUGGGCUUCACAAUCCGCCUUUUCCUCUACAACAAGGACCAAUCAGGCCAUGCAAAAAUAGGGGCACAGUGGACGAGUAAAAUUGGCCAGCAAUGGCGAAUUGUGGCUGAAUUUCGCGACAAAGCCAUAUGGUACGCUGGAAAAACACGUUUCAAAGUAGGCGAGUAUACGGGCUCUAAUCGUACUGUGCCGGAAGACACCCUAUACACGCUUGCCAUCAGAGCUAAAACGGACGCGGUAUUUCAGGCAUUAUUGAAUGAAGAUCCGUUCUACGAGGUCGACGUAGAAAACACCCUAGACUACGCAUGGGAUUUCCACAUCAAAGCCGAGGGUCAAAUCCUUCUGGGAAUGAGCCUCACUGGCGAGGCUGUUCCGCGGCCGAAAAAUUUCUGGGGAGUACAGUGUGCUCUAAGCAAUCUGUGGGUGCCAGUGGGAACCGUAGGUGUUUACACAUGCGCUCUGGUGGACAACACUAAGGAAAACUCGCUCGAAUUGACACACGCGAACGGUGCAAAAACUUCCCAUCAUUUUAGCCAUGGAAACCUUCCGAAUGGUACGCUACUGCAUUACACCAUUCGCCUCUCAUUUCGGCAGUACAUCAUAAGCACCGAUUUCGACCCGAUGAUUUAUUUGCAAGAUUCCCACGAACCGAACUACAUUAACGCAUACUUCUCAGAAGCACUGAACAUAAUAAAUUUCGAUGCGGACGUACCAUACACGUAGAAGACGAGUUUACUCUCUGCAUUCACUCGUUUCCAGUGUUCCCGUAAUUAGCAAAAUCUGUUUCCUCAAAUAAACGAAUACUCCUGUUUCAAUCAAGUAUUAUCGCCGUUA